CAAGCCUCAGUGAAUGCUCGGAUGCGAUUCUGUUGACGGGGCUGCCAUUGCGGGUACCUUAGGGACGAUUUGCCCUCAACUUCAAAGUCCAGAACCGAGAUCGAUCAAGGGUUUCGAAAAGGUGGGCGAGAUCAGUCGAUUACUCCAGUUUUUCUUUCAUCAUAGAUUUGGGCAUCCCUGGCCUUGGAUGCGUGGUGGGAGUAUCGCUGAUAUCAUAGUCUCAUCAUGGACCCAGAGUCGAUCCGGGAAGUGGACGGUGACAUCAGAUGCAGCACAACCCCAACAACCCGCCAUAUAAACCACAUCUCAACCCAUGCUCUAUCAACCAUCGAAAUCAGACUCUAGCAACCACUCUACAAUCAUACCUCUUUACACACGAAUCCUUCAAGAAACAAUCAAAACCACAUCUUACCAUCAAAAUGUCUUCUCCUCACCGUGGCGGCAGACUCGAAGACAUGGCCCCCCAGGGCACUCGCAUUCCCAAUGAUGCAGGCAUCAUGAACACCAUCCCCUCCGUUCCUCGCCCAGACCAAAGAUCCGAAGAUUCGCAGUUCGACAACUACGGUGUCGCUCAUCCCACCUCCGCUUUCGCCGCCGACAACGCCACCGACAUGCCGCGCAGCACCAGAGACAUGGGUGCCUCGGGCGAGGUCAUCACCGGCACCGGAAACUCUUUUCCCGCAGAAGGCGAAUCCAAGAGAAAUCUUAUUGGCACCAACCACCCUGGCGCCAAGGGCGAGUCCAGGAACUUGAAGCAUUCCAACCUGAACCGCAGUGCUUAUGACCGGUUUGCCGCGGAGGAUGAGGAUGCCAUUGGCGAACAUCAGAUCCGAAACGAAUAAAUGAUAGGCGUAUCUGGGAUAUGCUUGAUAUGACAUGAUGUACUAUAGAUGAACGAAUUUUACUGUUUCUGUACUAUA